AUGAGGUUGCGUCACGGUAACGCCGACUGGAGACCAUCGAACCCGGAUAAACGGUCUCGCUGGCUGCCUACACGACUAGGCAACCGCGUCGUUGACACGACUCGUAACUGUGGCUUCUGUAGCAACCGGCCGGAGAGCCGUGACCCGAUUGCAUUACAGCAUGGCAACCAGCACUUUGAGGGACACGCUUAUGACGGCUUUAGCACACUAGCUUGGGCAGAUGGAGAAAAUAACUGGGCCUCAAUCUCCGCGACUUGGCCAUUAUUUGUGUGUAUGUGCAUGUGUGUGCACAAGCUAUUUUGGUGGGAAUGUAAGUGGGUUCGAGGGGAAUGUGGGAGUGGGGAUAACAGCCCAUCAGAGACGCAUCUUCAGGUCCAUACGUCAAGGCCUAGGACGACUGAGGCAUUCUUGCCUAUGGAAUGA